AUGAACGCUUCGUGCUGCCUGCUGCCUGCUCAGCCAACACUGCCGAACAGCUCAGAGCACCUCGCAGCCCCCUCCUUCAGCAACCAGAGCAGCAGCGGCUUCUGCGAGCAGGUCUUCAUCAAGCCCGAAGUCUUCCUGGCGCUGGGCAUCGUCAGCCUGCUGGAAAACAUCCUGGUCAUCCUGGCCGUGGUCAGGAACGGCAACCUGCACUCCCCCAUGUACUUCUUCCUCUGCAGCCUGGCCGUGGCCGACAUGCUCGUGAGCGUGUCCAACGCCCUGGAGACCAUCAUGAUCGCCAUCAUCAACAGCAACUACCUGACCUUCGAGGACCAGUUCAUCCAGCACAUGGACAACGUCUUCGACUCCAUGAUCUGCAUCUCCCUGGUGGCCUCCAUCUGCAACCUCCUGGCCAUCGCCGUGGACAGGUACGUCACCAUCUUCUAUGCGCUCCGCUACCACAGCAUCAUGAGCGUGCGGAAGGCCCUCGCCUGGAUCGUGGCCAUCUGGGUGUGCUGCGGCGUGUGCGGCGUGGUGUUCAUCGUCUACUCCGAGAGCAAGAUGGUCAUCGUGUGCCUCAUCACCAUGUUCUUCGCCAUGCUGCUGCUCAUGGGCACCCUCUACGUGCACAUGUUCCUCUUCGCCCGGCUGCACGUCCAGCGCAUCGCGGCGCUGCCACCGGCCGACGGGGUGGCCCCGCCGCAGCACUCGUGCAUGAAGGGGGCCGUCACCAUCACCAUCCUGCUGGGGGUAUUCAUCUUCUGCUGGGCCCCCUUCUUCCUCCACCUCAUCCUCAUCAUAACCUGCCCCACCAACCCCUACUGCGUCUGUUACACCGCCCACUUCAACACCUACCUGGUCCUUAUCAUGUGCAACUCCGUCAUCGACCCGCUCAUCUACGCCUUCCGGAGCCUGGAGCUACGCAACACGUUCAAGGAGAUCCUCUGCAGCUGCGACGGCAUGAACCUGGGGUAGGGCGCCAGGGCCGUGGAAGUGGGCAGCGGCUCCAUCGCUGGGAGCCCCCA